AUGUAGCUGGCUCAGCUUUUAUACUAAAGCGGUUUCAAUGGAAUGUUGAAAACAUUGAUAACUCGAGCACGUGGUAGAAAAUCAGUGUUUUGUCUUUUAAAUAGUAUUUUCCUAAAACAAUGAGGUCUGAGCUGAUAGUGACUGCAAACGUGAUCAAUCACAAGCUGUUGCUUUAAUUGUUAUAUUUAAUUAGUCUAUUGUUUUAAAUCAAAGGAAUUUUCGAGUAGUGAUAAAAAACCAUUUAUAAACUAGGUCUUCGAAGCAAAGAAACAUUCUAGUGAGAACUUCCACUACGAACAGAUCAAAAUGGCGUUCAAGGUUGUGAUCCUCUGCGCUUUCGCCCUUAUGGUCCAGUCCAUCUCCGGACAGAGCUGUGGUUGCUCGUGCGGGUCCGGCCGCUCUGGCAGUUACGGCAGCUCCGGCUCUAUUGGCUCCGUGUCCAUCUCCAACAGUGGCGGCGACCUCCUCGUCACCAGCGUCGGCCCCAUCUCCCCCUCCGGCAUCGCCGUCUCCUCCGACCUUAGCCUGAGCGGAGACUUGGACGUUAACGGGCAACUGCCGUUCCUAAGCGCCGUGGAGUUCUCGUGCAAGUACGACACCAAAGGGUCCGGCUGCGUGGACUACAGCUGCGGCACCUGCGGGAACGUGGCCAUCACCAGCGUGCAGGGCGGCGGUUUGGGCUGUGGCUGCGGCUGCAAAUACUAA